AUGGCUCCUCCAACCCCUCUUACAGCUACCCCACACCUCCUCGCCUUCCUGCAGGACCUCCACUCCAAAUCCUUGAACCAGGAAUCAAAUAUAGAAUGGAGCUCUCUUCCAGGUCAAACAACCAAUGAAUUCGACAAUCUUAUGCGCGACAAGUUCAUCGCCCUGGACCAGGACAAGUGUGAACUCAUCUACCACAUCCUCCGCAGCAUCAACGCAACCACAAUCGUCGAAGCAGGAACCAGCUUCGGCGUGAGCACCAUUUACCUCGCGCUUGCUGCAGCUCAAAAUGCUGCACGGGGAGCUGGAACCAGCACCAGCACCACGGGUAGGGUCAUCGCUACUGAGAAGGAACCUUCCAAGGCUGCUGAAGCACAAAAGAACUGGCAGCAAGCUGGAGAGGAGAUUCAAGGUGUGAUUGAUCUGCGCAUUGGUGAUCUGCGGGAGACCCUUGUCAGGGAUCUGGGCACUGUGGACUUUUUGCUUCUGGAUAUUUGGACACCUCUCGCUCUUCCGGCCUUGAAGUUGGUUGAGCCGCACUUCAGACCUGGUGCUAUGAUCAUUGCGGACAAUACUGUGAAGGCUGCUACGGGUUAUGCGGAACUCUUUGCUUAUGUGGAUGCGCCUGGUAGCCAAUUCCGUAGGGUUACGAUGCCUUAUGCCGGUGGUUUGGAUAUGAUUGUGUAUCAGUGA